AUUCUGUCCCUAGUUUGUACAAGUACUAAAGCUAUGGUUGUAAUUAUGGUUGUCCCCAGGCAAGAUAAAUGUCAGAGAUGGGGGCGGUUCUUUUACCUGUCGGGGCGUGGCUUAAUUCAUAGGGAGGCGUGACUCCCAUCCUACCGAUGCCCAUUUAAACCCUUGAUAACGUGCAGCCUCCAUCAGUUGUACAAACUGAUUUUUUUUUUUUUUUUUUUUUUUUUAAACAAUUUUCUUUUUUAUCCCCCCUAUUGCAUUUUGAGCUGGAGUUUUGUGUUAAACCCAGGAUGUCUUCUUCUGACAGAGUUGUUUUGGCACUUGGGGGAGCUGGCACUGUUGGAUCAGGAAUUGUCAAAGCGCUGCUGGACAAAGGUUUCCGUGUGGCUGUGAUCUCCAGGGAUGGAAACAGACUUGAAAAGCUGCAGAACUUCGUCACCCCUUCCACCAAAGACCGUCUCUAUACACUGGUAGGAGAUGUGGGGACUGAGGAAGGAGCCGAAGCAGCUAAAACCAGCCUGCUGAAGAGUGUGGGCAAGGUGACUGACAUCGUGUCAUCACUGGGCUUCAGCUGGUGGCAGGGGGGCCCUCCCCACACACAGACGCUCAAGGAGCUUCAUCAGGUACUGGAAACUCUUCUCUUGAGCACAUUUACUUCCUGGAAAGCUUUUUUCCCAUUGGUGAAAGACAGUGCCAGUGGAACAUACACCUUCAUUACUGGUGGUGCUGGAGAGCGGUUGCUGAUGCCAGGGACUGGAUUUCUCACUCUGGGGGCAGCAGGGGCUUUGGCAUUCUGCCAGGUAAUCAGGGAGGAGUACCCUGAUGUGCCAUGCAAACUGAAUGAGGUGAAGGUAAACAUGGGAGUCGCCACUGCAGAGAGGAUGGGACCAGGUUACAUCAACCACCUGGACCUGGGCGAGGCGGUGGCAUCUCUGGUGGAGAAGAGGAACACCUCACACAAAGUGUUCAGCAUCAGCUCCCCUGCUGACCUCAAGACCGUCUUCCUGGAGGAGAAAAUCUAAUUGUCCUGCCAGAGACUGAAUAUGAAUGCCCUUUAGCAGUGGCACUUCUGCAAACACCAUAUGCAGUACAUUACAUUGUAGAGCUAUUGCAGACAUGCUGCAGGAACCAUAGUGAGAACCAGUAGUUGUUCUGUAACCAUAGAUAAAUUGUGGCUUUAUAAUAUAACCCCCGCCCCUCCGCCCCCUCAGUUUCCCUAAGAAAAGGCAUUUGUUGCCACUUGUCUGGUGUUUUCAUUGAAAAUAUAGCAAAUACAAAAGUACACUCCCUUUUUAUUUCACCAUCUAACAUUAAAAAAAAAAAUGAAAUACUGAAAACCAGGAAUUCAUGAAAAGAACAUGCAUUUACAAUUAUUACCGUGAAUAAACUGAAUCUGUGAAUGAUUUGCAUUGUGAAGAAAAUAAGGGGGUACUGCAGUUCGCUUUAUCUGAGACCCACAUGGUGAGGUUUAUUGAGUUUACUUUUCUAAAAUUUAAAACUGCCCUUUGAUGUUAAACAAAACUUCCAUAAUGGAUACAUAAAAUUACUGACUUAUAGUUCCAGAAUCAAACUGGGCCAAAUCCAAAAUAUUUGUGUGAGUGUCUGCAUGUGUGCAUCUUUUUCGCACCACAGAUAUACCAGACAGGGCAUACUGCCUUCAAACCACAGCUUAAGGGAUUUUUUUUUUUUUUAGAGCACUAACAUGUGGAUUAUAUACAAACUGACACAAGAGGCUUACCAAAAAUGAAAAAGUAGGUUACAAUAACUGGUCAUUUGCUUUCACCUUUUUCUCAAAAAGGUUAUUUUAAUACCAAUAGAUUACUGAAUGAGGUCCAGUGUUGUCUUAUUUCUACACCUGUCCAAACUAAUGUGGCAGCGCUAACCGUGCAUUAAACAAAACACGUAGGAGUUGUGUUUGAGUGACCCAGUGAUUUUGGACAGAAAUAGUCCAGCUUCGUUGUAUUGGUUUGGUCUCUUCUCCCCUGUGUGAGCUAUUUAUAACAGGCUAUAUCAAUUGACUUGCCUUUUUGUUUUGUUUGCCUGCCAUGAUAUUUGUUUGCAGGAAUUUGAUUUAUGACAAUGAAAGACAGCUAAGCCUAUUUUGUAACAAAUCACAGUGUGUUAACAAACAUCCUUUCCCAAAAUGUCCUUUAUAUAUGCCUGUGUACACAGUGAGACACCCACAGCACUAAUUUGACACUCUAAAGUAUGAGGGUAUUUGUAGAUUUGCUGAACUGCCAAUCUAUCAAUUCCGAGUCAUGGAUGUUUUCAAGACACACUCUGAAGAAUAGUUUGAAAUUACAAAACAAUGCUGGACGUUAGAUUCUACUUUCCUUCCAGCGUUACAGGCCUGUUUAUUUAUAUUAGGCUGUGCCUUAAAUUUGCUCUCUGUAAAGAAACCUCCCUUUACUGUCCCACUAUGCCACAGCUGGAUUUUUAAAAACUUUGUGUGAUAGAAUGCAAAUAGCAAUAUCAAAAUUACUAAUGGCAGACAGACUAACCUUUGAUUUAUUUUUUAUUUUAAUUUUUUUAUAAUAUCUGUAAUUUCUUCUUCGACUUCAAGAUCGGUCCCCCUACUGGUCAUUCCAUGCAUUGUCCCUAGAUUAUGGAUUAUAGAUUCAAUUUAAAAUGUAUACCAACACAACAAUUACUAAAUGAAAGUGCUGGGACACAAGGGAGUUUGUGGCUACAGACACCUGUUAUAACAGUGGUUUGUAAAAGUGUUGGAAACAUUAGAUAAUAAUAAAACAUUUUCAUUAAAGAUCUAUGGAAUGAUGAUCAGGGCAAGGAGAAACAGUAGCUCCAGUCUAUGGCAUGCUAAGGGUUAAAGUUCAUUCUAUAUUUAGAUGACAUCAUUCAUAUCAUAUUAAACAUCAGUUAUUGCUAGGUGUGCCACACUUAAUUAAGUUUAGAAAACAAGGGCCACUAUUUUUGUUACACUUUUUAGCAGUAACAGUUCCAGUAUUUAGUUUACUAGAGCAUAAGGACAUAAAAGCUAUGAAUGCAUGCUAAGUUAUCCCCAGUCCUUACAGUCUCAGAUUGGUAACCUCAGUUAUUUUGUUAGUUCAUUGCUUUAGCUGUGCAGUAACCGUGUGUCAAAGCUAACCUAUUCAUCACAAGUAAAUCAGACCAGGCAUGCAGACACUUGUUGAUGUCUAUUGUGUGUAUUAAACCAGUAGAAUAGUUUUAUAUUGUGGCUCUGUGAUAGCAAGGGUCAUCUGUUACAGGUGAAUCUAUAGGUACAUUCUCCUCCAUAUGUUUCUGUGUAAGCUGCAUUUAGUAUUCAAGAUAAGUGCUUGUCUUUUGCGAUGUAACUACAGUAAAUACAUUUCAUGCUUCCUUAAAUCACUUUAAAGUGCACAUUUUAAGACAUUCUAUUUGUAAAGAAACAAAACUGUUUUAUGUUUUGCAUCUUCAAUAAAAGCCAGUACCCUA